UACUGCUGCCAGACUAAUGAGUCGUUUCCUGCCCACGCUGGGGACUCGCUAGAUAUCCGGUGGACUGGCGGCAGGCACCACUAACAGGUGCUGCGGAGGCGGAGCGGGAGGCUGUCCCUCCGCUUCCGGUUCCGGUUGCCUCCUGGAGGGAGGGAGCGAUGUUACCGGUACUGAGGGGGAGUGCCUUGGCCUUAUUCCUGGGAUUUGCAAUCGCGGCGCGCACCAUGGCUGGAGCACCCACGGUCUCGCUCCCCGAACUCCGAUCACUCCUAGCCGCUGGCCGCGUCCGGCUCUUCGAUGUGCGAUCUCGGGAGGAAGCAGCAGCGGGGACCAUCCCGGGGGCGCUCAACAUCCCGGUGUCAGAGCUGGAAAGCGCCCUGCAGAUGGAGCCGGCUGCUUUCCAGGCCAGGUACUCCGCUCAGAAGCCCACGCUGGAAGAGGAGAACCUCGUUUUCUUCUGUCAGAUGGGCCGGCGGGGCUCUCAGGCCGCGCAGCUAGCCCGGAACCUUGGAUACACAGGGGCACGAAACUACGCUGGGGCCUAUAGAGAAUGGCUGGAGCAACAGGGUUAGGUAGGAGGUGGCUGCUCUAGCCGGGGGUGCUGAAGGGACUGACCUGCUGAGUUGGGCAGCACACACAAGCCUGCAAUAAAGAGCAUUUUCUAAAA